GAAGCAUCAAUACAAGAUAAAGGUGCGCAUCCAGGUAAUUAAUUCUUCCUUACCUUAAGGUUUCUAAUUUUUUUUUCUUUUUUGCCGGCAACUAAGUUUAGUUGCAGAUAGAGAAACACAGCUGCCACUGAAUGAAGAACAUUUCUUGAAAUAUGAAUCUCCCAUGUCAUAUUACAAGUUGAGGUUUAAUAUUAAAUAACCAAAAGCAUUGCUGUUUAUUUGGAAAGACAGUCUACUCCUAUUGAUGCAUUUGAAAUUGGCAGAAUAUGCAGGUUUUCCUGCAGCUUCGAUACGACAUGAAUCCCAACAAUCAGUUAAGAGCAGAAAAUCAACUGAUGCAUAUACUUGGAGGUGUUAUGGGAUCAAAGGAUUGACAGGAAACAGAAGACGAAGUUAUUACAGGUGUGCACACCCUGGGUGCCCAGCUAACAAGUCAGUUGAGAGAUCAUUAGAGGGGCAGAUAACCCAGGUCAUUCAUAAAGCUUGGCACAACCAUCCUGAGUCACAGCCUACUAGAACUUCAUCACUAUCUGCCUUUUCUCACAUAAUCCGGGCUUCCAAUCAUCUUACAAUCAAAAUCCCAGAUCAGUCCUUUGUCACGUAUGAAGGUGGACAUAGCGACACUGAAGCAGGAUCAGUUGUUUUUAUGAGAUCACUAAUGGAUAAAAAAUUUGAUCAGCCUUCUGAUAGACCUAGCGCAGACAAUGAUGAAGAUGUUCCAAAGGCCCAAAAAGGUUUCAGGAAACGCUCAAAAGCAAGUGUUGUCAGAGUAACGGUCAGAGCCAACGAUUUCAGGGAGAUAGUUCAAAGCUUGACAGGAAUGCCUACGAAGGAAGCACAGGAAGAAAGAAAGCUGAGUGCAAGGAAUCGGUGUGUAAUAGAAGUACAGAGAAAAACGGAAACUGAGUGCAAUAGGAAGGAUAAGCAGGAAGAAACAGGGCAAGUAAUAGACGUAAACUUGGCAGAUACCAGUUUAAUAUGAUCGGUUGGAGCCUAAAAUAAUUUUUUUUUUCACUUUUUUCUUUGUUUAGUAAGAAAGAAAUAAGUAAAUUUGUACAUUUUUCCCUCUAAAUUCAAUUUAAGAGGAAAAUACUCAUUAAACUUAAAUUAAUGAUUUUAU